AUGUUAAAAAAUAAUCAAUUUGAAGGAGAUGAUAAAGCUGAUGUUGAAGAUAUUCACCAGGAAGAGCAUGAGCAUGAACACCUUGAAGAUGAAAAUGAUCUGGAAGUGGGUGUCGAGUUCAGGGUGCACGAUCCUACCGUCAAGUGGAACCAAAUGAAGCCUACAGUUGGUGAGUUAUACGAGUCCCCUGCUCAGUUAAGGUUUGCACUCACUAACUACGCUGUAGCUAAUGGAUACCAACUUUGGUUCAUGAAAAGUGAUAAAAGCAGGAUAAAAUCUAUGGUUGAAACACAUCUUUGUGCAAGGAAUUAUAAUUUUGAACAUUUGGUUAGUUGUAAUUGGUUAGCAAAACACUAUAUUAAGGACACAAUUAGGAAGCCCAAAAUGACAUUGCCUGAGAUGAUGGAGGAUGUCCUUACAAAAUUCUCAGUGAAAGUGUCAAAGGGGCAAUGUCAUAGAGCAAGGGUAAGGGCAAGGGAAAUGAUAGAAGGUAAACUAGAGGAACACUAUGCUAAGGGUGUAGAUGCUAAUGAGAUUGUGCCACCAGUGCAGGGGGAAGUUGCUAUACAAGGUUUAAAUGUUAAUGCUUGGGUUGGUGAAGAUGAUGAGGAAAUUGAUGGGGAGAUUGACUUCAUUGAAGAUACACAAGUUGUUGGGAGGCCUAGGAAAAGGAAGAUUUCUGAGAGAAUUGUGAAGAUUAAGCUGAAGAAAGCAGUUUAUGAUAAGGAUGGAAGGGGUUCUAGUAUUAAGAAACCAGUUAAUUUGGAGUAG